ACAUCCUCAUUAAACCUCAAAUAUGUGGACGCCGGCUAUUGUACUCGUUCUUCUAGGAAUCACUCUUCAAACUGCUCAUUGUCAAAUGGCUAAUGCGAUGGAACAGUUGAUGAGUAAUCCCUUAUUCAUGAUGAGUAUGAUGCAACAAAACAACCAACAACCGUCAGGCAGUUCCUCUUCCGGAAGCGGAAAUACAUCCGGCGGAUCUGGAAACAAUUUAAGCAACUUGCUUAUGCAGGCUGCUAUUUUCGAUAUGAUGGAGUCUGGAGGUAUGGCAGGUAUGGCCGGUAUGGCAGGUAUGGCAGGCAUGGGAGGCAUGGGAGGUAUGAUGGGCUCGUCAGGUUUGAUGGGAGGUCUCAAUCCCAUGAUGCUGGCUGCUGCAAGUGGUGAGAUGAACCCAAUGAUGACAAUGAUGAUGCCUGGUAUGGGAGGUCUCGCCGGUAUGAUGGGAGGUAUGGGAGGCAUAGGAGGCAUGGGAAGGAUGAUGGCCCCAGCAGGAAGGGCAAUGGGCAGGCCAGCAGCUGGAGCCAAUCGAGUAGGAGGUGCAGCGGCACGUACAGCAACAUCCGGAUAAUCAUUUGGUCUAUUUUCUAAAUUAUUAAAUUAUUUUGUUGUAAAUAUAUUUGAAACAAAUCAACUCUGUUUGUUGUUGUGAAAAUAAAAAGUAUACAGUUUU